CUGUUUGAUUCUGUUUUUGUUUAUGAUAAAUAAAAGAGAACUAAAAGGAAUGGUAUAUCAUCAUCCUCAUCCUCAUCAAUAACUCCAGGCAAGAUCAUGUGACAAAAGUGUGUCAGUGACAGACUGGUUUUGGCUGCUUCUUCUCUUUACUCUUCUACUGACUUGGUCGAGCUUUUCUGACUUCUUCCCGACCGCCUCAUUCCUUUCCUUCAUUUCUUCAUCUUCUUUCAAUCUCCAUCCUUAACCACUCCGACAACCGCCGCUUUGUUCUUCAAUCCACGAUCAUUAUGGCUACCCAAACCCAAGCUUCUACAUCCGAUGAGCAAACCAAGAAGUUUAGUGAAGCAGUAAAAGUAACGGAACAAAUAGAAGAGACAGGAAAAGGUGAAAACUUGGCCACAUCCGAAGCAAGGGCAGUGGAUGAGCCUCCUGUUUCUGAGAGACCAUCGAACGAACCCAUUGUAGGAGAAGCAACAGAGCUGCCAGUCAUUGCGUUCCUGGAAAAGGGUACAAAGGAGGAGUUUGAUGCAGCUGACAAUAAAGGAGAAGUCAUACAAAAAGAGAGUCUGGAGGUUCUACAAAAUGUAGAAGAACAAGCAUCAGAGAUUGUGGGCCUUGUUCCAAAAGCACAAGAGGAAUCAUCAGUAACGGCAGAGUGUGGCAAGGCUCCAGCAGAUACAGAGGAGGAAGACAAAGAGGCAGACAAGGAAGCACAAAACAAAGAAGCUGAAGCGAUUGAGGUUGUUCCAAUGGAAGAAAUGAUUGGAACAGCUGAAGCUCCAACACCAAAGGAGCAGGCAGUUGACAAAGAAUUGGAAGAAGUGAUAGCAAAAGAAAUUAGCAUACCCACAGAAGUGAUAGAGCCAAGUACAGAGUUUGUAAGUGCAGAGAAAGAGGCAAGUUGUGUUGUAGCAGAAUCUGCUGAAACUCCACUCAAAGUCAUAGCAGAAGACACUACUGAAUCCAUUACAGCUUCCAAGAACAAAGAGCAGCAAAAUGAAGAACAUCCUGUGGUAGCAGGCAAGUCAUUAGUUGACCUGAUAGCAGAAACCAAGAUAGAAGAACCCCAAGUAGCAGGGCUUGAAGGUGCCAAUGUAUCUGAGGUGGAAGUAAAAGAUGAACAAGUUGCGAGCACAAAGGGAGAAGUGCCAUCAAACCCCACUCAGAAGCACUCGCACAAUCUCUUAUCCAAACUAAAACACUCAUUGGUGAAGGCAAGGAAAGCCAUCAUUGGGAAGUCACCCACCUCAAAAACUCUUUCCUCCCAACCAAGGGAUGAUAUUAAAGUCAAGUGAUGGUCUGCACUUAAUAGCCAGAUUCAGAGUUAAGUACUUAUCAGAAUAUAUGUUGUGAGGAUUGGUUUUUUUGCAUAGUUUCUUAUAGUUGCAAUGUAAAAUUUGAUAUUAUACCGUCAUGUGUACAUCGACUUCAAAUUUGUGGAUUUUGUGUGUGAAGUGAUAAGGUAUUACUUAGCGUGUUGUCUGUGGCUA